AUGAGAGCCAGUCAGAAGAAGAAGAGCCAAGCUGGAUUCUGCUCUGCUGGCUGGAUGGAAGUCCGGCUUCUGCUGCUGCUCCUGAUAGAGGCAGGGCUCCUAGUGCCAAGUCAUCAAAGAAGUACUGGUCAACCUGUCCCCGAGGAGUUCACUGCACCCCUGGAGCUUCAGCAGCAGCACUUCGGCUUAGUGGAUGAUUAUGGCAUUAAACCAAAACAUCCCAACUUCCGGACACGGGCCUCUCGUAAAGAAGCAAAAGAACUGCAGAAGGCACACAAGAGCAAGCGGGAUGAGCCUGAUUUUGAGGAGUAUUAUUACGAUGACAUCCUUUGACUCGCUUUGGCAACUGGUGCUACAAACGCCACCUGGCACCAGCUAUUUGAUAAA